UGUCAACAAAAGAUGGACGUUCAGGAAGAUGGAAGACAUAGAGAGCACUAAGACAUCAGAUGAGAUCAUCAAUGAGCUAUUCAGUUCUCUGAACGUACCGCUGUCACCCAAGCCCUGCGAGGAGGAGUGCAAGAGCAAACAGCAGAGGGGGGACAGCACAGAGCCUGAGGUCGCACCUGCUUCAGACAACAGUGAAGAUGAGGACAGUGACUCGAGGUCUAGCGCAAGUGAAGAGGUCAAGCACGAUGAGGUCCAAGUGAUCGAGGCUGGCGGUCAGGAGAUGGAAAAGGCAGAGCGUCACAGGUCCUCCAAGAAGAAGAAGGACAAGAAGAAAAAGAAGAAAAAAAAGAAGAAGAAAGAAGAAGGGGGUAGCAAGCACAAGCACAAGAAAAAGAGGAAGAAGGAUGCCGAGAAGGAGCACAAUGGCCGAGAGGAAGCGAAGGGGGCAGAAGAAGGGUUGGAGGUUAAGCCGGCAGAGGAGGAGGAUGAGCAGCCAAAGGAGAAGGAGAAAGACAAGGAGAAGACCCAACCACCAACCCCGGAGGACAAAAAGUCAGAGAAAUUGCCGUCCCAGUCAGAAAGCCCCAAGAGGCCAGAGAAAAUCCCCAAGGUGGUCGAGCCAGAAAAUAAGCUCAAGCGCAAGCUGGCGGUGGAGACGGAGACCAGGGAGGAGUCUAGCAGGAAACAUAGAAAAACAGAUCACUCAAGGUCUUCCAGAUCGUCCUCACCUUCCAAGUCCCGUUCCCACACAAGGACCAGCCGUCGCUCGCGCUCCAGGUCGGUGGGAGAGGUCACAGCAGAUACUCUAGGUCCAGGUCCAGGUCUAGGUCAAAGCCACACAGUUACUCACGGUCACACUCUAGAAGCCACAGGAAGUCAAGGAGCAGAUCCCCCUUUGCAUCAGACAGGCGGAGGAGAAAACGUUCUUCGAGGUCAUACUCUAGGUCUGCCUCACCUAAGCGUUUCAAGAGGCGAAGGUCAUCGAGGUCACGCUCCAAGUCUCCCUCUGGAAGGUCUUCCUCCAGUCGUCGCUCAGGGAGCAGGUCCAAGUCUCGAGCCAAGGCGCCGUAUUCCCGGGAGGUGUGUGACCUGCUGGACAAGGCCAGGGAGAGGGUGGCACGAGUGGAUGCUUCCAAGGCCCAGAGCACAGCCAGCAUAGAUGUGAGCAGCAUCCCCACCCCGGGCCCCACUACUCUUCCUCGGCCACAGGGCACACUCAGCGACAUCAUUGCCCUGGACAGCAUUCCUCUACCCAUUCCCCCUCCUGCCGCCCCAGACCCUAGCUCUAUCCCUCUACCUCAGCCCCUUGGGCAUUCCGAUGAGACGCUCAAGAAGGAUGCCCAUCCUAAGGGCAUAAAUGGCAUUGGACUGGACCUUGAGACCAUCCCAGUUCCUGCACCUACCAAUAUAUCUCCGCAAAAGGACCAAGACAGUGCCAGGGCAGGAGAUGUGGCCAAGGGAAAACAAGAAGAAGGAGCUGAGAAGAACAAGGCCAAAACUAUCAUCAUUCAAGAGCCUGAAGGACAGCCUCGUCUUCCUCCAAGCACAAGAGGAAGCAGAGAGGAAGGCAAAGGAAAAUGCUGAACUUGAGGAGGAAGGAAAAACAAUGGGGCACAGUGCUGAAGAUGAGGAGGAGGAGGAGGAGGAGGAGGAAGAUGAAGAGAGGAGGAGGAG